CGGAACAGUAAGAAUCCGGAAAGAUAGGGACACUCGUCGUUGCCUCUUCGUCGUCUCUGCCUAUUCUCCCACUGACUGCAGCUCAGAUGAUGUAAAAGAUGAGUUUUACAUAAAGCUUUCGGACCUUCUCCGAAAAGCUAAGCGCUCGGAUGUAGUAAUUGUGGCCGGUGACUUUUAUGCUCAAGUAGGUAAACUAAGCGAUGGGGAAAGACACCUAGGUGGAUCUUAUAGCAUCGUGGCUCAAAGAACAGAUAAUGGCGACCGUCUGUUGCAGCUAUGCUCAGAUAACCGCAUGUUCCUUGCAAAUACUAACUUUAAGCAUAAGGAAAAACAUCUUUUAACAUGGCGACCCCCUAAUUCGUCCCAACGUUGGACCCAAAUAGAUCACAUGGCUGUCAGCCACCGAUGGAGGGGCUCGAUAGAAGACUCGUUCAUUCUGGAGCACAUGCCUAGAUUCAGAUCAUGCUCUAGUGCGAGCGCGUAUUUGCUUGCGUCUUACUGGACGUAAGAAAGACGCUGCAAGGAAACCUCUUAGGGGCCUACUUAAUGAUAGUCAAGCUAAGAGUACAUUUCAGGAACAACUAGGAAAACAGUUAGGUAGCCAUGUAUGUGAUGCCAACCCCGAGGUGGCAUGGAAUGAUAUCCGAAAAGCUAUGGAAACAGCAGUUACAUCUGCUAGUAAGGUAACCCGUAAGGUCAGGGAGCAACACUGGAUCUCAGCAGCAUCUAUCUCACUGAUAGAUGCUCGGAAACUCAUUUCACCUGGCUCUGAACAUAAUGAAGAGUGGAGUCAGCUUAAGCGCAAGCUGACAAGAAGUCUACGCAAUGAUCGUGAACAGUGGUGGGUAGCGAAAGCAAGAGAGAUGGAAAAGGCAGCGACAAUAGGUAACAGCAGACAAUUGUUCAGACUCGUUAAGGAAACCGGAAUUAGGGACCCGACCGUUAGCGAAACAAUCUCAGAGAAAAAUGGACAUAUUAUACAUUCUCAAUCCAGCAGAUUGGAUCGAUGGGCAGAACACUUUAGGGAUCAGUUCAACUGGCCUUCAGCCACACUUCGGUUUCCCAAGAUCUCCAAUCAACCUGAAUGGCAAGUUAAUGUAGGUCCUCCGACUCUUUACGAAGUUGAAAAAGCCAUAGGAAAUUUGAAACGAGGGAGAGCAGCAGGCCUUGACAGGUUUAUGCCUGAGAUUUUUAAGGAUGGUGGUCCAGUAUUAGCAAUGAGAUUAACCGAGGUCUUAGGUAGAAUUUGGGAACUGGACGUAAUCCCAUCUGACUGGUCUCAAUCACUGAUUGUGCCAGUCUAUAAGAAAGGACAAAAGUCCUCUUGUGACAAUCACAGAGGAAUCAGUUUGACUAAUAUAGUGUCUAAACUAUUAGCUUCAAUAAUACUUCGACGCCUAACUAAAGCUCUUGAGGAACAGACUAGAGAAAAUCAGGUUGGUUUUCGACCUGGACGUGGUUGUAUAGACCACAUAUUCACCCUACGUCAGGUUCUAGAACUCAGACAUACGCCCAGAGGCCCCAUAAUCGUAGUAUUUCUCGACCUUAAGGCAGCAUUCGACUCUGUUGAUCGUGAGGCUCUAUGGCAGUGUUUGUCGCUGAAAGGAGUACCAAAGUCCAUUAACCUUAUAAAGGCUCUCUACUCGAACACAACUGGUAGAGUGAGAGCUUAUGGCAAACUGUCAUCAGAAUUGAUUACCUCAAGUGGUGUUCGUCAGGGCUAUCCACUCUCUCCAUUCUUGUUUAACUUUGUCGUUGACGUGCUUUUAGAGAUGACACUUUUCUCGUCUAGAUUUCCAGGGGUUGAACUUCUACCGGGAGGUUCACUUGUUGACUUAGAAUAUGCUGAUGACAUAGUUUUAUUUGGUGAAGACGCUGACAAAAUGCAGAGUCUUCUGACCACUCUAAGCAACAAUACAAGCAUGUUCGGGAUGCGAUUCUCUCCCUCGAAAUGCAAAAUGUUGCUUCAGGAUUGGGUUACAUCGACACCCGAACUAAUGAUAGGUAGUGAAGUAGUUGAGCAUGUUGACCGCCUCACUUAUCUUGGAAGUCUCAUCAGUCCUUGUGGUUUGGUGUGUGACGAAAUCUCAGCACGGAUAAAGAAGGCUCGACUAGCUUUUGCCAACUUGCGUCAUUUAUGACGUAGGCGAGAUAUCCGUCUAUCAACCAAAGGACGUGUUUACUGCGCAGCAGUUCGUUCCGUUCUACUUUAUGGCAGUGAAACAUGGCCGCUAAAAGUAGAGGAUAUUCGUAGGUUGCUAGUAUUCGAUCAUAGGUGUCUCCGAAACAUUGCCCGUAUAUCAUGGGACCAUCGAGUAAGUAACACAGUUGUUAGGAAACAGGUACUAGGUAAUGAUGGCAAAUCAAUUGAUGAAGUAGUGAAACUUCAUCAGUUGAGAUGGCUGGGACACGUGUUACGUAUGCCCAACGACCGACUACCUCGACGUGCUAUGUUCAGUGGUAUAGGAGUAGGUUGGAAGAAAGCUAGGGGCGGCCAAACCAAAACAUGGCACAAGUCCAUGAAGUCACUGACAAGUGGACUGAGUCAUGUUG